UAAAGCCUUAGGGCUCCUUUGUUCUUGAAGUAAUAGAAAUGGUGAGGAGAUACCUCACAAAUUGGUAUCAGAGCAAGUUUCGGUGCUGGGAACUGUGAGGAAGCAUGACGGUCAAGGAGUUGGAGACACGGUGCGAGGCAGUAGAGCAAGAGAUUGUUAGUGUGAAGUUGGAAAUCGCAUUGCUACAUCAAAGGUUCGAUGAACAACAGAAACAGAUAGAGAGCCUCCAUGUAACGCUGAAAACGUUCAUGGCCCAGACUAUUGGAGGAUCCCCGUCGCAAUCAAACUCCUUACUCACAGGGGAGACAUUGAUACGGAAAGGGAAGGAAGUUGCGGAAGAUGUCCCGGCGAACAACAAUGAGGCUCAGGGAAAUGAUCGGAACCGCUUCAAGAAAGUGGAGAUGCCUAUUUUCGGGGGAGAAGAGCUGGAGGCCUGGAUCUUCAGAGCGGAACGAUAUUUCGAGAUACAGAAACUGACCGAUGARGAGAAAAUGAUCGUUGCCAUCAUCAGCUUCGAUGGAAUAGCGUUGGCCUGGUACAGAUACACGGACAAUCGGGAGAAACACCAAGAUUGGAAUGAUCUCAAAGGUCGACUGCGAGAAGUUUCCAUCAGGCGAAAGAGGGAAGACAAUGCGCGAAGCUCCUAUCGCUGAAACAGGAAGGGAGUUUUGCAGAGUACCGGCAGCAAUUUGAAGCUCUCGCGGUGGCGCUACCGCAACUAACUGACGAUGUGUUAGAGAGUGCAUUCUUGAAUGGGCUGGACUCAAUUGUUAGGGCUGAGAUACGAGCGAUGGAACCAAAAGGCUUGGAUCAAAUCAUUCGCAAAGCCCAGCUGAUAGAUGACAUCAACACGGCGAUGAUGGAAGCGGACGGCCAGAUGAUUAAAGAAAAAGCCUACACCGGCCCAGUUGCCAGCAAGUUGGCCCAAAAACCCCAUGAGGUAAUCCCCACACACACGGUCACCCUUACGACUAAAAACCCUAACUCUGUGCAGGGAGCAAGUACGACCCACACCGCCAAGAAGGAAACACCGUAUAAGAAAUUGACGGAGGCUGACUAUCUGAAACAGAGGGAAUGAGGGCUGUGCUUUCGCUGCGAGGAAAAAUACACCGUCGGACACAAGUGCAGAAAUCGAGAACUUCGAGUAUUUGUGGUACACGACGACAAGCUCCUAGAAAUGGAAGACGAUUCAGUUAUGGAGACGGAGACGGAAAUGACAGGAGAGUCGAAUGGAAGAAUGGUAGAAUGCCAAUUAAACACCAUUGUGGGCAUCUCGACCCCAGGGACAAUCAAGAUGAAUUGAAAUUACCUAAGACAAAAACGAUAAGUUAUGGAGUCAUCAUGGGAUCCGGAACAACAGUCAAGGGCCAUGGAGUGUGCAAGGGCAUUGUUCUCUCACUACCGGAACUUACAGUUAAAAUGAUUUCCUACCGUUGGACCUAGGCUCGCUGGAUGUGGUAUUAGGAAUGCAGUGGCUCCAGACGAUGGGGAAAAUGGAAGCGGACAGGCCGGCGCUGACCCUCAGGUUCCAUCGCGGCGAGAAGCAGAUUACUAUUAAGGGCGAUCCUACCUUAGCACGACUGGAGGUGUCAAUGAAACGCCUAGCUAAGUUAUGGGAACCACAGGAUCAAGGCUACCUAAUAGAGAUGAGGAUGUUGAAUGCUCAGCCAGACGAGAUGGACCUGGCCCAAGAUCAAAUGUCCCCCAAGAUAGAGGAACUCGUGCACGAGUACCUGGAUGUCUUCCAGAAACCGGAGGAGCUACCUCCAGUUAGGACGACAGACCACCGUAUCCCAUUGCGAGAAGGUCACCCACCUGUGAAUGUGCGUCCGUACCGCUACCCACAUGCCCAAAAGGACGAAAUUGAGGAAAUGAUAAACGAGAUGCUAGCGGCGGGAAUUAUUAAGCCCAGCGUCAGCCCGUUUUCCAGCCCUAUAAUCUUAGUGAAAAAGAAGGACGGGAGUUGGCGCUUUUGCGUCGAUUACAGAGCGUUGAACAAUGCCACCAUCCCUGAUAAGUUCCCGAUUCCAGUGGUGGAGGAGUUACAUGGAUCGAAAGUCUACUCGAAGAUUGAUUUACGAUCAGGCUACCACCAGAUCCGGAUGGCGGCUGAAGACACGUAUAAAACAGCCUUCAGAACCCAUGCAGGGCACUAUGAAUUCUUGGUGAUGCCAUUCGGGCUAACCAACGCCCCCUCGACAUUUCAAGCAUUGAUGAAUGACGUGUUUAGACCGUAU